AUGCAGUGGACACCUUCCAAUUAAAAAGGGGUGGAACCUUUUCAAAAAUAAAUCAUUCAUUACUCUCCUGAUCUGGUCUUAAACAACUCAGCCAAGCACUAUCCCCUUAUUAAAGUCAGAAAUCAAAAACAGUUCAAUACAUGAACAAGAAAUCUGAAAAAAUCCUGAAUACAGGAAUAACAAAUCAAAUAAUCUCUUUACAAGACAAAACAGGGGUUCAAUCCCUUAUUAUUAUCUUUUUAUUAGGCAUUAGAUUUGUUCCACUGUACGUGUUAGGACAUCUUCCACCAUCUCCCACUACCCUGUCACCUCCAUGCAUCUGCCAAAGCCAGUCACCGGAGAAACCCUCCAAUGAUGACAAGGGUCGUGAACUUCUCAUUAUUACAGAUAACGGCCAGCCCUAGUGAGCUCGCUACACAACCAGCAUCAUCACAGUUGGGGCAUGGCUUGCUACUCUGUGGCCGUGCGUGUGUGAGGCAGCGGAGAGGCACUCAUAUGUAUACAGCAAAUUUAGCCUGUGUCGUAGGCCGCACGUAGCUAAUAUAAAAACCGGUGACUUAAUCAGGAACAUGUGCAGGUACUGAACGUGUCAAAGGCCUACGAGUUAAUGAGACACACUGUAUUGUGUGAGCUCUUGUUGCACACUGAGACAGUACAGAUGCUGGUACUCACCGACCACUCGUCCGCGUCGCGGUAGACUGCAACUUCUCCGGGGAGAUCUGAUGCUUGGAAAAAGUGACAGGCAUUCUCCGUGGCAAUUACGGACACCUGGAGCUGUGUUGUGUUGAGUGAAGGGAAUGACAAAUAAUGGAAACUUUACAACAUGAGGAGGCUGUCCCAUAUAACAGAUGUUCUCGAUUCUUACUGAACUUGGGCAAGGUCCACCUCAGUACGCGAGCUACCUGACCGGCACUCGGCUGAGCGUCCAAAGCUCUAGGGGCCUAAGGUUGUCUGACAAGAACUUCGGCAGAAUUGUCAUCCGGACCCAUCUCCAUUACACGGAAGGAGGCACGUCCCUGUCCAGCCCUCAACUUUGCACGCACUGUGAGCAGCUGAUAGUCAUCACUCUCGUUCGAAUGACGCCGUGCAUGUCGACAGCAUAAAAUACGCAUCGAUCCUCUCUGAAAUCUGAAGAGAUAAAACGUGACAUUUUACACUAUCCUGCACGCGUCACUUCGUAGCUCACCGCACGCCAUACGAGAUUACACGAUAUCUCGCUACCGCGCCACCCAGAGCAAAUAAACCGUACAAACUUUCCGAGGUGUUAGCACCUUAAUGUACUGUGGGGGGAAUCACCUUUUUUCAUGUGACUAUGUGAUAAGCAGACAAGACUGAAGAGCGUAACAGCCCAUUAGCUGUCGGCUACUGUUGAGGCACAAAAUGCACGCGCAUGGAGUGUCAAGUGAAAUCGGCACUUGUCAAAGAUAAUGGACGGGUGAUACAAUAGGUCCCUGUGUCUAGACACAACAAAGUGGUGAUUUGAAUGCACAGUUCAACGGCCAGGUAUCCACCACCAUGACGUCGUACCGGUGCUGGAGAGGUGGAAGCCUCGCCAUUCUCGUCAUUGCAGUCGGGGCCAGCCUACCUCCUCUGGACUCGAACACCGGCCCGUCUCUCUCACCAUCUUGUUGGGAGGGAUGCACGUGCGAAAGUGUUUUUCAGCUCGUGAGGUGCCCGGAUCUGGAUCUCCCGUCUAUCCCCUACAAGACCGUGCACAACAACACGCGGGCACUCUACCUCCCCGGGAACCUCAUCGCCAAUCUGACCGGACGCACCCUGCUGAGGUUCCGUCAGCUCCGUCUUCUGGACCUGGCUGACAACCAGAUCUCUCAGAUAGCCGAUGAUGCCUUCGAGGGCCAACCAAAGCUAAUGCAGCUUAUUUUGAGCGGGAAUAAAUUGUCCAACGUGCCGGUGGCGGCACUGCAGCGGCUCAAGUCGCUCCGGACCCUUGAUCUAGCCAGAAACAACAUCACGUACUUGGCCGCAGACAGCUUCCUCAACGUGACAAAGUUGCAGUCCCUGUCGUUGAAUUCCAAUGCUCUGCAUGUGAUCGACCCCGGCGCAUUCACCGGUUUGGGCAUGCUCCGUGUACUGAUGCUCAAAUACAAUUUCCUGGAAGAGAUCCCCAUCGGGUCGCUGAGCGCUUGUGGCCGUCUAGAACAACUGCACCUUUCCUCCAACCGUAUUGGGACACUUUACAACCAGUCCGAAUCACUCGGCGAACUGAGCGUGCGCUCCUGGUUCGCACCCACGCAGCCAAGAAGUCUGGCAACGCUCAUUCUUUCGCAGAACUUAAUCGAUUUUUUCUCCCCUUCGUGCUUCCAAGGCAUGACGGCAUUGGCCGUGCUCGAUUUGAGCUGGAAUUACAUACAAGAGAUCCCCGAAGACCUAUUCAAAGACCUCCAAAUGCUUGAAACACUCAAGCUCAACAAAAACUCACCGCUCUACGCUCUUCCCCCCGGAGUGUUUCGCGACACCUUCAGUCUUAGGAUCCUCAAAAUUAAAUACUGCCAAUUGACAGAUCUCCCUGUUGACCUGUUGUACAACACGAGUCAACUGGAAUUUCUCGAUUUGACUGGGAACGGCCUAUCUGACUUGAAUUUUCUGUCGUCCAGCCACGUAACCUCUCUGACAGAAUUAUGUCUCGGCGAAAACUCGAUCACAGACAUCCCGGACGACCAUCUGUUCGGCCUGUCGAUGCUGAAAGUUUUAAACUUGUCUGAGAACCAAAUGACCAGACUGCCACUACUUAACAGUCUGAGUUCGUUACAGGUUUUGGACGCAAAGAAAAAUCAGUUGACCUGGUUAAGGAGACGUGCCUUUAGAGGUACGUCGUUAAUGGACCUUGAUGUAUCCUUCAACAAGCUCCAGACACUAAGAAAGUCAACAAUUAUGUCGCUACCCGAUUACGCCGCGGCAACGAUAAACCUCUAUGGUAACCCGUGGGCGUGUGAUUGCCAUCUCUCGUGGACGGUCGAUGUCGGCUACGGACGGUACUUUCUGAGCGACUAUGUGACUUGCAGCUGGCCUCGGGAAUUCGAGAAUAUCACACUUUACAGUUCGGAAGUAGAGGUCGUGCGGAAUUUGAAGUGCUCGAAAUAUCCAAAGCGGGACCACUUGUUACUCUUGAUCGGGACGUGGUUCGGCGUUGUGUCCGCUCUGAUUCUGUUGUUCUGGGCCGCGGCUUUUGUCCACGCGAGGAGGCGAUUCCGGGUCAGACAACCCAGAGAGAGAUUCCUUCUGUUCCGCAACCCCAGCGAAAAGAACGCAGGGUGCGCUCCCAACACCACCCACUCCAAGGUACGCUUCAAAGCGUUGGAUUCUGAGACGGAAAGCCUGGAGGACGACGAGACAACAGUGUGACUUGGAGCGAGUGGUUCGGGAUACAGCCAGGACCAAACCAUUAGCGCGUCUGAGGUUACUUGGGAACAGCAACACACGAGUCCAGAAUCCGGACGGUGUUUAUUUUUUCUUUCACCUCCCUUAAGUGAAAUCCGCAGACUGUGCAAAACCUUCAUACACACAGGUUCUGUGUAUAUGACCGCCCCCUAUCGAUGGACAAUUUCGCAAAAUACUGCCAUGCACACAGGCUGGAGUCACGCUCCCAACACCAACGCAGUCCAGGAAGUGGACUAGCAACAACAGAGACAUUAUAGUUCUACUUCUAGGUUGCAAGCCAGUAAAUAGGAGGCCGAAAACUGCUUGCGCGGGUCAAACCACAAUUUGUAUGCACUGGAAAUUUCUACAAAAUAGAGUAUUUUGUGGUCCAUGAACAUAAAGAUUUGUAGGAAAGACACGUUUUGGCGACAAAACCGAAUGCCAGCUUGUGUCUGAGUGGCAUUUGGAAGAAAUCAGUUCCUGAAAGCGGUCUAUUUGUUUGAGAAGUGCAUGCAUCGAUAUUUUAAAAUAGUGAAGGGGAUUCACGACUGUUGUUUAGGGGUGACCUUCCGUGGAAAAAAUAUCUUUAAAAGUCAUCGGUUAAUAAAUAAAAAUUUGCAAAGACAAUGAAAAAUCCUAAAAUGGGCUUUAAUUUGAUGCGCGUCUCGAAUGCCUGAGAAACUCGUAUAUUUUUCCUGAUUUUUUGAAGUUCAGGUAUUUAUCACAGUUGGCUAAGGCUGUUUAUUUACUGGCCUGCAACCUUAUGAUCUCCAUGCUUGCAACAUGCACGCGGAAGGUCAGCACUCUUGAUUCUCAUCAGUGCGGCCGCAUGCUAACUAGUCACCAGCGAGCGACUUCGCCCUGUCUGAGUUGCUGACCUACCAAAAUGGCUAACGGAAGAAUAAUACUUUGCGGACCGCGGAGGGAAGGAUCGAAAGAGAAUGCAUUAUCACAUUCAUAUUAGGACUUGUUGCGAUCCGUGAAUUCAUCUUACCUUAGUCACUAAAGUCCCGAUAUCAAGAGAUAUCUAACAAACAGUUAAGACCGCAAGAUCGGAAACAGUAAGAUAUCCGGUUGUUUUUUUAUACUCUUAAGAUUAUUUCUCGAUUUCCUUAACUACAACCACAAAUUGACGUUUAAAUGUUUUUAUUUAUCUUGAACAAGUAUGCGGCAAGCAGUCAACACCGUGUAAAUUCUAAAAGUUCUCAAACGGACCAUCUAAGGUUUUGACUGCCAAACGGACGCAGUUUUACAUUCCAUUCCAUGUUGUCCAUGCUUUCACGACUGACAGAAGAAACAGGUAUUGUUACGCAUACAAGCGGCGUGUGAGAAUUCGUUAACAUUGUUAAGUGCAGGCGAGUAAAAUGGAGGGCGCAUGAUGUAACUUGUGCUUUCAAGUUUACUGUUUUAAGCCAAUUUUCGGGCUCUACGUUGUAUGUUGCUUUCAGUGUCAUCGCCUCCUUAUCUUUUAAUGACACAUGUAUCAUAAGAGUUUUCAGUUUUAACAUUCUGGUGAUAUGAACCGUUACGAUUUACAAAUGCGUCCAGUGUUUUGGACUAAUUUUUUGGAGCAAGGUGUUUUUGUGGGUUAUUGCUCUUGUUAUUUCUUUCUUGAUUUUGCAAAAUACGAAUCGAUUGCAUGCUUUUUAUUUCAGAACUUCUCUGAUGAAUUGAAACUCGGAAAGGAAACUUGGAAAUAGACCUCACACGACCUUUCCUUUUGUGUAAAUAAUACGCCAAUGUGUUUAUGUAGCUUUUCACUGUUUAUGAUCAAUUCUUUGCCUUUAAACAUGGAAAUUAGGCAUUAAGAUGAAGUAGCUCGUGUACAAAUAAAAUUAUGCACUCUCUGAGUUUCAUUUAUCAAAUUGCUCAAAUGAAUGAAAAGACGAUUGCGCUCUUUCUUUUCAACGCCAAUCGCAACACAAGACGAAUUUACCUUAAUGAGGACGAUUCGGAAAUGCUUCAGAUUUGAAUCAUUCUGCACUUUAAAUAAAUUCUGUGAUUGUUUAUUGAAACCGAAA